AGGUGAGGAUGAGAGAUUGCGAGUAAAAGUUGAAUAAAAGCCUACAAAGACAAAAUUACAAUCUACUGAAUUUACAGAUUCUAACCACCGCCCUGCAAUUUUAAACGUUAGAAUUAACUGCAAUUUUUAAUACCUUUUAUUUUUUAUUUGGUCCAUGCAUAAGAAUUACUUUGCUUAAAAGCUGUGUAGUGCAUGUAGCUCCGCCACUUGUCCGGGUAUCAAGUCUAUGUACGAGUUUUCCAAAACAAUACGUAUUUGAGGUUCUACGCAAUUCCAAAAGUGUUAAAUCUUUAGAAUUUGUUGUAUAUGUAUUAGUUUUCAAUCUGACAUGAAGUAUCAGUCAUCAUUUAAUUACUGAGGUACCUAUGAGUUAGAGGAGGAGAGGAGAUGUUUGACGAUGACCCGUCGUCUUCGUCUCGCAAGGGCACAUUCCUCGAGCAGACGAAAGCGGCUCGCGAAGAACGCGCCCAUGAGAAGCGUCGCGACGCUGCCGCCACACUCCUACAGGCUCAUGUGCGCGGAUGGUUGGGGCGCAUCAAGUUCGCUAGGCGCAUUCUUAAGCUGUUCGAUGAGGAAUUUGCCGAAGAGGUGACAGUGGACACUUUGAAGCCAGCAUUGCAGCGCUACAAAGUCAUUUGCCGCCUGCUUCUAGUCUACAACAAAGAAAGGGAUGCUGCUCGCUUCGAAAAGAUAUGCAGAUACCUGGUUACGAGCCUGGAGUCGGAUUCUCCUAAGCUGAGCUACGUGGGUGUGGCACUGAGCAAGGACCUGUCGCUGGCCUGGAUCAAGCACAUCAAGGAGGUGCUGUGGCAGUGCUGUGAGCUGCUGGCCGACAUGCACCCGGCCGUACCCAGCGAUACGCGCACCGUCCUGCUCUACCUGCACACUCUGGUGGCGUUCACGGCAACCUCCACCUGGGCCGUACUGCGUGACAAGCACAUGCAUCAGCUACAGCCCGGCUGCAACCAGCUCUGUGCCAACAUCAUGGGCCAUCUCUUCAUGCGCGGCUUCUAUUUGACGCUGAACACGCAGCUAAUUCGAGGUUUAGCCAGGUCGAAGGUGUGCCUGAAACACGCGGCGUUGUCAGCAAUCAUGACUCUGGCCACGCGCCCCCUCAUCUCGGCGGGGCUCACCGAAAAACUAGUCUCCAUGUACCUCGUGCAUAUUUUCAGCGUUCCCGCGCUCGUCCUACAUCUACAGUCCAUCGCUCCAGAGUGCAUAACUGUACUGGAGACGAACAACUUCUUGAAGCAGAGCCUGGAUUUGUUGAGCGUUGAGCAAGACAUGCGCAUCGUGUUCAACACACUGGAAGGCAACUACGCUCUCUGUCUCCUGGCCAACCUCAUUCACCUGGCUUACCUUCAACGGGGAACAGUUUUCGACGAAAUAUCGUUUCCAACAUUCACCUUAGUGGUGACAGGACUGCUGCACAGUUGCCAGAACUACGUGGCGGUGAAGCAGUCUGCGCUGACCGUGUGGCACCCGGUACUGGGCUGGUUCAGCCAGGCCAUGGACGGAUCUCUGCAGGACGCCAUGCCCCAUGUCAAGCUGCAGCUGCACCUGCUCUGGAGUCAGCCCCUUGUCAGCGCCCUGCUGGGGCAUGCCCUUGCCGCCGCACUCGGGCCAACCUCUAUCUCCUCUGGCCCCGUCACCACGGCUCCCAAGGAGUCGUCCAUCAACAUUAUCAGGCGUGCACUAGAGGCAAGAACAAAUCGACAGAACGCUAACCGGCAAUUCAGAAAUAAACUGGGGAGUCCAGAGUGCACCAAAGUGGCCCUAAUGUGUACACUCUACCAGAAUGCCUUGCACACACUAACACAACUUCGGCUCGAUAUCUUGACCGGCCUGUGCUACCAAGACAACAUCCUGCAUCAGCUGUGGAGGUUUUUGUACUCACUUGGACCGAACUGUGGACUGAAAACGUUCCUGGAUCUAUUGGCUGUCAACACGAAAGGCUCAGGGCCGGAGUUCAGCAUACUCACCCUAUUCUGUGACUGCAUGACGCAUUAUGUCACAAUUUUGGACGACAUAGAAAUGUAUGAGCAACAGAAACCUUUCACCCUCCAAGAUUACGUCACAAUGUCAAGUUUUCUCAACCUUUUCUUGUAUAGAGGAAUCCUUACCAGUCUGUUUGAUGCGAAAAGUAUUUCGAGCAACAACUUAUUCAACUCUGUGCAUACGUUGCUGAUGGUUCUCUACAGGAGAGAUUCGAGGAGGUCGUACACACCAGCCAAGCACUGGUUGGUCAAAGAGAUUAGGAUCAGCUCAUUCAUGAACGAUCUUGACAAAGGCAAAAAAUCUGUCCAGGUCCUACUCCAAAAGAUGCCUCACAUAAUACCGCAUGAGGAGAGAGUGCAAUUGUUCAGAAAGUACAUAGCCAAUGAGAAAACAGUUCUUGGCCUAACUGAAUCAGCUUGUGCGUCCCCUCAGUCAACCAGGAUAACUGUGCAUAGGAAUAGGAUAGUUGAAGACGGCUAUAGACAAUUAGCGGCACUGCAGCCGCAAGCUUUGAAAGGAGUAAUCAGGGUGAGAUUCAUUAACGAACAAGGAUUGGAUGAAGCGGGUAUCGAUCAAGAUGGUGUAUUCAAAGAGUUCCUCGAGGAGACAAUCAAAAGGGUGUUUGAUCCUUCGCUGAACCUGUUCCGAGUGACAAGCGAGGAGCGACUCUAUCCUUCACCAAUUUCACAUAUACAGGACAAUCAUCUGCUUCUUUUCGAUUUUGUUGGUCGGAUGCUAGGAAAAGCAGUCUAUGAGGGUAUAGUAGUGGACGUGCCGUUCGCGAUGUUCUUUCUGAGCCAAGUGCUGGGUCAAACGCAACAGGCGCUCUACUCUUGCAUGGAUGAGCUGCCCUCCCUGGACAAGGACCUCUACCGCAGCCUCACCUACGUCAAGCACCACGAGGGUGACGUGGCCGACCUGGACCUCACCUUCUCCGUCGACGAGGACGUCAUGGGUCGCGUCGUCACGCACGAGCUCGUCCCCGGCGGACGGCUCAUGCCUGUCAACAAUCAGAACAAGAUCAACUACAUUCAUCUGAUGGCACAUUUUCGAAUGCACACUCAAAUCAAAGACCAAACUGCAGCUUUUAUACGUGGAUUUCGCUCAAUUAUCAACAUAGAAUGGCUUGCACUUUUUUCAACUCCAGAGCUUCAAAGGCUAAUAUCAGGUGACAAUGUUCCUUUGGAUCUGGUUGAUUUGAGAAGACAUACUCAGUACUAUGGAGGCUUUCACGAUUCCCAUCGCGUUGUUCUCUGGCUUUGGGAUAUUCUGCUCAAGGACUUCAAUGAAGAUGAACGUAAACUAUUUCUCAAGUUUGUAACAAGUUGCUCCAAACCUCCUCUACUAGGCUUUGCACAUCUAGAACCACCUUUUUCAAUAAGAUGUGUCGAAGUUGGUGAUGAUGAAGAUACCGGAGAUACUAUCGGUAGCAUAAUUCGUGUAUUUUUCACGAUAAGGAAGAAAGAUCCCCAGCACAGGCUACCUACAUCCUCCACGUGUUUCAACCUGUUGAAAUUGCCCAACUAUCAGCACAAAAGCACCCUGCGUGAGAAAUUACGGUACGCGAUCUCAAGCAAUACUGGAUUUGAACUAUCAUAAGUUUUGCAUCCCUCAAUUUUACUGAGAAAUAGCACCUCCUAUGCUUUCACUUGCUAUUUUUUUAUCGUGUAACUAAUAUGGUUACUUACAAUAGGUAGGCUAAUGUAUCAAAGUAUCUUUUGUAGUUAUGAUUUUAAAAUACAUCAAUGAUAUUUCAAUUUUUCUCUUAUUUCGAGGAGUAGAAUAACAUAUUUUUUCGGAUACCUAUCAGUUCAUUCGUGAUUAUUAUUAUCAUCAUCAAUUGAUAUUAAUUUGUAUUUCAUUUUUCUUGAACUUUUCAUGUCCUUGUCACUGUGACAAUGGCGAGGCUGAUGUUACCAAUUGUAUCACAUUAUUAUUUACGAAACUCUUUGUUUCCAUAUGAUUAAUAAAUCUAAAUUUAUGAAUAAAAGACUGACGUUUUUAAAAAUCAAACAAAAAAUAAGUUGCUAAACAUUCAAACUAGUUGAGAAUAAUAAUUCACGAUGUAAUAAAAGAUUUCAUUUUAGUUUUGGAAAUAGCUUGAUCACGAUUUGAUAUAAUAUAGGAUGUCUUAGUCCAAUUCUCUUGAAGUAUCUCAAUAAUUCUAGGAUUUAUUAACUAACGAAUGUUUCUCAUUAUUAUUAAACUAUGAUGUUUCCAAAACUGCUCUCAGCUUAUCUAUUACAAUAAUAUACGUUAUAAUAAUAUUUCGAAUAAAUUUUAUCUAUAAGUUAAUAUAUUUCGAAUAAAUUUUAUUGUAAUUUUUAUUGAAUGUGUCGGCUACUGGUGGGGACCAAAGAGGAAAUGUGAAAAUUCUUUAUAAUUGUUAGCUUACGAUAAGUUAGAGCAAAAUCACUUCAAAAUAAAACUUCAAGUAAAAUUGAACUCUGAAGUUGACGUUUUUCAGAAAAAUUUCACUUAUAUUGAUGUGCCAAUUUUAUCUGUAAAAUUAUCAUCAUCAUCCUCCCAAAUUAAGUUUUCAUCACAGUUACUUCUGGUUACCUUUUUAUAAGAGCCGGUUGGUUAUUCCAAAUUCCUUAAUUGAUGUUGACAAUAUAGUGCUACUAUUCUGUUACAGCUUGAACUAUUCAGCUUGAUUAUCAACUUAUUUAUCAGCUUAAUUUCUCCUUAUCUGCUUAUUAUUACUUACCUGGCGUUUCAGAAAAUCUAAAAAUGUAGGUUUAUUCAUAACUUGCAAAGGCCUAGAGUUGAUAAGGGCAACAUUCUCAAAAAAGGUAUUCAUCCAUGAUUGACCAUAAUAAUCACCCCUCCAUAUUUCUCCUUGAAUAAAUUAAUGUUUUAGCCUAAUAUACGUAUUUCAACAGGGUAUUUACUUGUAGCCUAUAUGAAGAGAAUUGUGUAACUCUCUGAGAAUACUCCUAGUUAUUGUUAUGCUCAUCAAAAUAAUUUUAAUAAAAAACUUUCUCUAUAAAAGCAUACGUUCAGAAAUGCUUGGGUACUGAAGUAAAGAUAUGGAAAUACCUCUCAUUUUCUACAAUUUACAAUUACAAUUUUAUGUUUUGUUUGUUUGAUUUAGGAAUGGGAAUUGUUUAGUGUUGAGUAAAAUGAAAAAUUGAAUCCAGUAAACCAUCUAGAAGCUUGUUACUGUAGUGAUAAGUUAGAUAUUCUGCAGAAUAUUGAAAUCUACUAUUUUGAUUACCUACAUUAUUGGGGAAUUAGAUUUUUUCAUGUAUCUGAGACAUCUUUUCACAGUAUUCGGCGAUUAUCAGAACGUUUUGUAGAGAACAACUCUAGGGUUAUGCAUAAUCAGUUCAGUCAGAAAACAUAGUAAUCAAAGUAUUAAUCUGUUAUUGAUCGUCAUAUAUUCUAUGCAAUCACUCUUAAUACAUUUUUAAGAACAUUCAGUAAUGCUACUUUCUCUAUUAUAGCGCAUGAAUGAAGACACAAUCUAUAUUGGAUAAUCAAAACUAGAAAUUCUAAAGAAAAAACUUGAAGUUGUAAUUGAUGGAGCAAAAAAUAAUCUAUAUUGUAAAUUCGUGUAAAUUUUAUUUUAAUCAUGUUGAUGCUGAAAAUGUAAUUAUUUUAAUUUAUAACAAAUAGAAUUUUUCAGAUGUAUUUAUACAGUGUGAUGUUGAAAUGAUAUAAAUUUUGUAGACAUUCCAUAACGUUUUGUAAAUAAAAAAAUAUUGUUCAAAA